AAGUCAGGACAGUGCUGAACCCAGUGAAAGCGCCAGGCAGCAGGAGAGGAUCCCGACUUGGCCGGGCCAGUGUGUCACGACUCCUGCCCGCAGGUGACUUGGUAGCCCAGGUGCAGUCUGCCUCCAUGUCGAAAGGAGGGGAGGUGGUGUACAUCCCGGACGAUUCUGACUUCUACACUUUCCGGGAUCAGUGUGAGAGCCAGGAAGGCUGGAACAGCCAGUAUAACAAGGCAGGAGUGAUGGUGUGGAGCCAGACGCAGCAGGACAGCAAGACGGUCCAGAAAAUCAAGAUGCAGGUUGCCUGCAGGGAUGUCCCUCCAGAGACACUCUAUGACGUGCUCCAUGACACUUGCUACCGCAAGAAAUGGGACUCCAACAUGAUCGAAACUUACGACAUUGGGCGCCUGACCGUCAACGCAGAUGUGGGCUAUUACUCCUGGCGGUGCCCAAGUCCUCUGAAGAACAGGGACUUUGUCACCUUGCGCUCUUGGCUGCCCCUUGGCAACGACUACAUGAUCAUCAACUACAGCGUCAAACAUCCAAAGUACCCACCCCGGAAAGACUUUGUGAGGGCCGUGUCCCUGCAGACGGGCUACUUGAUCAAGGCAGCCGGCAGCCGGGGCAGCAUCCUUUACUACCUGACCCAAGUGGACCCUCGAGGUUCGUUACCAAAGUGGGUGGUGAAUAAAGUGUCACAGUACGUAGCACCAAAGGCUAUGAAGAAGAUUUACAAAGCAGGCCUCAAGUAUCCCGAAUGGAAGCGGAAGCACAACCCCAGCUUUAAGCCUUGGGUGUACCCGGAGCAGAACACACUGCCCAGCAUCAGCCUGUCGGAGCUCUCCUUGCAGCAUGCUGACUCCCUGGAGAACAUUGACGAGAGCAGCCUGUCCGAAGACAGGGUGCGCAUCAGUGAUGAAGAGGCCUGAGCAGCCCCUGGCUCCUGGACAUGCGACUCCUCGCCAUGCAGGUGGCCAGGAUGCAGCCCUUCCACUACCACCUGUGGAGCAC